AUGACCGGUAAUCUCAAGUCACUUCAAGUGGCUCCCUUGAAGGACUGGAACGACUCUGGUGAUGGGAAGGCGCCAAAUGGCAGUCCCAAGAACUGCCCAAUUACGUUAACAUACCGUGGUCAAAAGACGACGCUACGUCCAUGGGAUCCUUCUCGAUGCCCUUUAGCAGCUGCCAUACACAACCAGCUUAUUCAUUUUCCCAUACGGCCCAAGAGCAACGUUUUUGUCAUCCACUGCUCCUUGCAGAGCUUGAGCCACAUAUCGGACACUUUGGGACCGCUUGGACGUGUGAUCGGCGUGUGCAGCCGAGAUCCGCAGAAGCAACCAAAGCCGGAGACGGUCCAUCGUUUUUUGAUAAGGCACCCCAACACUACCCUGAUUUUCGAAGAUGUUGAAGAAGCGACUUUGGAACGUUACGAACGGCUUCUCAGUCUUCCCGAUGACAGUAGGUAUGCCUUUCUCAUGGCACUGCACCCCCGGUUAGGGGAGAACAGUCCAGCAAGGCUCCUGAAAGAGGAUGGCCCGAAGCUUUGCAAGCUCAUCUUCGACUUCCUAGUGUGCACCACGCCUGCACACAUCAAGAGCCUUGUCCUGUGGCCUUGGACCGGAGACGGCAAGGACAAAGACUCUGGCGAGGACACACAGGAGUUUGACAAGGUACCACGACACGUCCAGGAGAUUGUGAUUAAUCACACCGACAUCCUCCAACGAUGGAGGAGACCUCGCAAGAGCGGUGAGAAGAAACACUCCGAGGGCGAGAAUUCCGACAGCCAUGAGAGGAUUUGGGUCUUCUUGGACAUCCGCACGGACACCAGCUCUGGCGGCAACUUGGACAUGAAGUUGGUGAACGAGUUGGCGAAGAUUGGAUUGCUGGCCAAGGACAUCACAAAGUGCACGGCGCUUCCUGUUUUCGCGCAAGACUUUGAGCCACCUCACCUCUAG